GCUCCAAAAGCGAAAGAGAACGAGGAGGCGGCGCUGAUGCGCUGAGACGCACGGAGACGCGCAGCAGAUCCACGAUGGCGCUGUCAAACGUCCUCCAGACGCCAGCGGCAGGUUUUAACUUCGACAACGCGACGAGGAAUGCUGCGUUACAGAGUUUCUUUAAAGGAGCAGAGACUCCUAAAGCCAUGAAAACAGGCACCACCAUAGCAGGAGUGGUGUUUAAGGACGGGGUGGUUCUGGGAGCCGACACCAGAGCCACGUCCAGUGAAGUGGUGGCUGAUAAGAUGUGUGCUAAGAUCCACUACAUCGCCCCAAACAUAUACUGUUGUGGAGCAGGAACAGCUGCAGACACAGAGAAAACCACAGAGCUGCUGUCCUCCAACCUCAGCAUCUUCUCCCUGAACAGCGGGAGGAAACCUCGCGUCAUCAUGGCCGUCAACAUCCUGCAGGACAUGUUGUACAGGUAUCACGGCCAAAUUGGUGCCAAUCUGAUACUGGGAGGAGUGGACUGUACUGGGAACCAUCUGUUCACUGUGGGGCCGUACGGCAGCGUGAUUAAGGUUCCUUUUCUAUCCAUGGGAUCUGGGGAUCUCGCUGCUCUUGGGAUUUUAGAGGAUGGAUUCAGACCCAACAUGGAGCUGAACGAGGCCAAGGAGCUGGUGCGAGCCUCCAUCCAAGCAGGAAUCAUGUGCGACCUCGGGUCAGGAAACAACAUCGAUGUGUGUGUCAUCACCAGACAAGGAGUGGACUACAUCAGACCCUACAGGGAGUCAGAGUACAAAGACGACAGGAAAAUAAAGUAUAAAUAUCGUCCAGGUACGACACCGGUUCUGACAGAGAAAGUCGUCCCCUUAAAGCUGGAGGUCGUAGCAGAGACUGUGCAGCGGAUGGACACAGUCUGAACCAGAACUCACGUAAUGCCAGAAACAUGAUUUACACACAUCAUUGUUUUUUCUGCUGCUGUUUAAACUGUUUGACUGUGCCAGCUGUUGAAAAGCUAAACUUCAAGUAAUAAAUCAAGAAUAAAUCUC